AGGGACAUUUACACUGAUGAGAUGAUAAGAUUCCAUGAAACUGAUCUUGAAAAUCUCUGGUUUUGCAGUUUCUUGAUAGAUAACAUACCAGUGAGGGUGUUCAAUAACCAUGAGGCUUCUGGAGUCCCAUUUCCCAAGAGCCAACCCAUGAGGGUGUAUGCGAGCCUGUGGAACGCAGAUGACUGGGCAACCCAAGGUGGGCGUGUGAAGGCAGACUGGACUAAAGCACCGUUUACUGCUUCCUACAGGAAAUUCAAUGCCAAUGCCAAAAGAGUUGGUACUAAUUCAAUGUCAACAAGCUCUGAAUCUGACAACCAGGCGUGGAGUACUCAAGGACUUGAUGCAGCUGGCCGAAACAGGAUUAGAUGGGUGCAAAACAAGCACAUGAUCUACAACUACUGCAGUGACCGCAAACGGUUUCCCAAUGGUCUACCUGCUGAAUGCAAGAACUCUAGAUUCCUUUAACCCUACGCUGGAUCUUGGUUUGCAUAUUUCAUUUUCAUCUUUUGAUUGAAUUCUGGUCUUAAAUAUUCGUUAUUCUUUGUCCUCGAUACAAAUUAUGAUUAUAAAUAAAUACCAAAGUGCGUACAUAUAUUAA